AUGGCUAGCAGGUCGAGGGCAGGCUCGCGACCAGCUACAGCGCGCACCGUCGCCACCAGCUACGAAGGAGCCGCGUCCUGGGUCCUCGCCAUUCUCCCAGGUCGAGGGACGGGCAGGGAUGUCGGCGUCGUCGCGCUCGACAAGGAGGAUGGCCAGGUUGUCGUGACGCAGUUCACCGACUCGACGACCUGGGUCAAGACCCUUCAUCUCUGCAGGAACAAGCCGCCCGACGUGAUUCUCCUUCCGCAGAGCGCUCUCGCUACUCCUCGCUAUGCCCUCGCUGCCGAGAGCGAGGCGAACGAAGCUGCCGGCAGCGCAAGUCCCGAGGCCGCCAUGCUGGUCAAGGGUUUGCAGACCGAGUUCAAGGACGUCCCGUUGAUCGGCGUCGCACGCAAGUACUGGAACGAGCAGGCGAGCUUCGAAUUCCUGACGCAGCUCAUUGUGCACGAUGAAGACCGCCUCGGCGUGCUCACCGCCUGCAAGCCCAAGUACUACGCCCUGUCUGCCAUCUGCGCGCUUUUCAAGUACCUCGAGACGAGCUACUCGCUCUCCUUCGCUCCGAAGACUCUCAAGAUCGGCUACUCUGCGCUUGAAGGCACAUGCUUGAUCGACGCCGACUCGGUCAAGAAUCUCGAGCUCGUCUCCAAUAUGCUGAACAAGAACAGCAAGCAACACCUGCUCGGAAUGCUUGACAAGUGCUGCACUGCGAUGGGGACGCGUCACCUUCGCUCGAAUAUCCUCAGCCCGCUUACCGAACCAAGCGUCAUCGACGCUCGCCUCGAUACUGUCGAAGAACUUGUCAAGUCGGAAGAACGCCUUCGCGCGAUCCGCAAAGCUCUCGAGCAGCUCAAGUCGGUCGACCUCGACAAGAUCGUCUCCCGCCUCCUCGCCGCCGAGAAGCGCCCAUCUACCGGCACUCGCUCCACCUCCCGCGGCUCCAUCUUCCCCUCCUUUCAAUCCAGCACCGACCCCUCCAGCCAGAUCGCCUCCAAGCUCGACUACCUCCUUUCGCUGCGCAACUUCCUCUCGACCCUUCCGACCCUCCGCUCGAGCGUCGAGAACAGCGACUCGAUCAUCCUCAUGCAGGUCGAGAAGGUUCUACAGGAUGACAGGCUCGAGCAGAUCAGGGCGGUGAUUGAGGAGAACGUCAAUCCCGACAUCUGGAAGAAGGGCGAUGAGAAGAGGUCGAGCGGCAGGGACGCGAAUGGCGGCAGGCAUGCGCGUCUCUUCGCCAUCAAGGCCGAGAAGAAGCGACUGCUGGACGUCGCUCGCGAGACCUGGCGCGAGAACACAUCCGACGUCAACGACCUGUGCGACACGCUGCGUGACAAGUAUGGCCUCGAAGGCUUGGCGUUGGUGCAGGGCGGCAAGGGCUCGGCGUACGUCUUCCAGCUGACCAAGGAGGAGUGGGAGGAGAAGAAGGGGGAGAUCGGCAAGGCUUUCACGAACGUGAACGUCCUGAAGAAGCGCGUCGAGUUCUCGUCGCUCGACCUCCAGAAGCGCAACGCACGCCUGCAAGAGUCGGAACAGGAGAUUUACCUCAUGUCGGAGGAGAUCCUCGAGGAGAUGUUCCAGGAGAUUCGUGGCUGCGUUGCCUGCCUCUACAAGUGCUCCGAAGCGAUCGCUCUCCUCGACAUGCUCGCGGCCUUCGCCGACCUGUCAGCAAAGGAGGACUACGUCCGCCCCGAGUGGACCGACACGCUCGCGAUUAAGGCUGGUCGUCACCCGCUUCACGAGCAGUUCCGCCUGUCGGACGGAUCCUUCGUGCCAAACGACACCUACGCCAGCGACGCGGCCUCCUUCCAGCUCAUCAACGGUCCCAACAUGUCAGGCAAGUCGACACUCCUCCGCCAGAUCGCCCUGCUGCACGUCAUGGCCCAAAUCGGCUGCUUCGUCCCUGCGGCCUACGCGUCCUUCCGGCCUAUCUCGGCUCUCCUUACGCGCCUCUCGAACGACGAUAACCUCGAGUCGAGCUUGUCGACGUUCGCGAGCGAGAUGGCUACUAUGAGCAUGAUUUUGGCCGCCCUCCAAGCGCACGAGGGAAGGAGGUGUUUGGUCAUCGUUGACGAGCUCGGGAGGGGCACGAGUCCGGAGGAGGGGGUCGGGAUUGCCUUCGCCAUCGCGGAAGAGAUCAUCAGGAGCAAGGCCUUCUGCUUCUUCGCGACGCACUUCAAGGAACUCUCGAUCGCCCUUCCAUCCCGCUAUCCGAACGUCGUUGCCCUCCACCUCGAGACCGAUGUCGACGAGAAGCAGCCCGACUUCAGCUUGACUUUCCUGCACAAAGUCCGCGACGGCGCGACUCCGCACACGCACUACGGCCUCGAGCUCGCAAAAGCCGUCAAGCUUCCCUCGCCCGUCCUGUACAAAGCGCGUCUCGUCUCGCUCACGCUCGAGUCGCUCGCCGAAGACGGUCGCAAGCGCUCGAGCGAGGGGAAACUCGUGAGGAGGCGGAGGGGGCUGCUUGAGCUCAAGACCCGCUUGCGCGAGAUCGCGACGGGCAAGACGGACGAUGCGGGAGUCCUUCUUGCUCAGCUCAGGCAGCUGCAGAAGGAGACGAUCGAGAUGCUCGACGAGACGAUGGACGCUGCGCAGGAUGUCGAUGUCGAUGUCGAGGCGGAGGCGAGCAAGACGGAGGACGCUGAAGAGAUUGAGGAGGUCAUCCCGAGCGCCGCCGGCUGGAGGGUGACGGAGAUCAAGCCGGAGGACCUUUCGCUGGCGGGAACUGCUGAGGAGGGAACGGUCGACGAGGAGGACGAGGAGGACAUGCUUCCCUUCGACUGA